AUUCCAUUGACUGAUAUCUUUAUCGCUCUGGCGACUCAAAUACUAUAAUGUUUGAUACGCUGUAAUUUUUAAGCGUGCAUAUUCCUGAUUUAGGGUUUUUCGCCGAGCUGUGGUUUCUGGGAUUUUUUUUUAAUCUGACGUUUGGCUUGUAUUCAGUGAGCAAUGGGUGAAAGUGGGAAGCGUCAUCGUUCAUAUCGAGAUGAUGCAGACGGAAGGAACCAGAAGAGGAGAACUGAUAGGGAUAGGGAGAGAGAUGAAAGGGGAAACGAUGAAGUGAUAGUGUACAGAAUUUUGUGUCCGGAUACUGUUAUUGGGAGUGUGAUUGGAAAGAGUGGGAAAGUGAUUAAUUCCAUUAGGCAAGACUCAAGGGCAAAGGUAAAAGUGGUGGAUCCAUUUCCAGGUUCUAGAGACAGAGUUAUUACUAUCUAUUGCUAUGUAAGGGAAAGGGAAGAGCUUGAGAUGGAUGAUGAAUUCAAUGAUAACCGGCCUCUUUGUCCCGCACAAGAUGCGCUACUCAGGGUGCAUGGGGCGAUUGCAAAUGCUGUAGCUGCACUUGGGGAUUCGGACAAUAGGAGAGACAAAGACAGGGAGGAAUGUCAGCUUCUAGUUCCAUCUAGCCAGUCUGCUAAUAUUAUUGGGAAAUCUGGUGCAACCAUUAAGAAAUUGAGGAACAAGACAAGGACACACAUCAAGGUUAAUCCUAAGGAUGCUGGUGAUCCAUCUCAUUCUUGUGCGCUGGAAUUUGACAAUUUUGUUAUGAUAUCUGGUGAGCCCGAGGCGGUCAAGAAAGCACUUUUUGCCAUUUCUGCGAUUAUGUACAAGUUUACAGCAAAGGAGAAUAUUCCUCUUGACACUUCUGUCCACGAAGCACCUCCAAGCUUCAUUAUUCCAUCAGAUGUUCCAAUGUAUCCUGCUACUGGGCUUUAUUCAAGUGUAGAACCCAUUAACCAUGCUAGACCAAUGCCUUCUACCUUGCGUCCUUCACACGCACACGAUAUCCCAGGCUAUGCUGAUGCCCGGGGAGCUUGGCCAAUAUAUUCAUCUGCUCUUCCAAUGGUGUCUGGUUACGGUGGUGCGCCGCGUUCUGAGGAACUCACCAUAAAAGUGAUGUGCCCCUCUAACAAGAUUGGUCGCAUUAUUGGGAAGGGUGGAAGUUCUAUUAAAGGUAUAAGGCAAGAGAGUGGUGCUCGUAUUGAAGUUGAGGACCCCAAGGCCAACCAUAGUGAGUGUGUCAUCACUGUGAGCUCCUAUGAGUCAUCAGAAGAUUUGAAAUCCAUGGCAGUUGAAGCUGUUUUGUUGUUACAAGGAAAGAUAAAUAGUGAAGAUGGUGAUACUGUAACUAUGCGGCUCCUUGUUCCGUCAAAGGUUAUUGGCUGCAUCAUUGGAAAAAGUGGUUCUAUAAUCAAUGAAAUUCGGAGAAGAACUUUAGCAGAUAUACGAAUUUCUAAAGGCGAGAAGCCUAAUUUUGAUUGUGGAGAUGACGAACUUGUUGAGGUAUAUGGACAAGUUGGUAAUCUGAGAGAUGCACUAAUUCAGAUUGUUUUGAGGCUCCGAGAUGAUGUAUUAAAGGAUAGGGAAGACAUGCACAAUGCAUCUACUGGUGUUGGGGCAUUAUAUGCUGGCGGUGCAUCUCUUCCAGUGUCAUCAGUUUUCCAUAGUGGACACUCUGGUGCUGCAUUAAGUUAUGACGAAAGAGCUGAAGCAGACAGUGGUUUGCGAUUACUUUCCCCCCGCGGAUAUGGAUAUGGGUCCUUAUCAAUGGAGGACACUGGCUAUGGAUCUUUGCCUUCACAUUCGGCAUCACAAUAUUCAGGGUUUUCUCGGCCAUCUGUUUUGGAAAUGGUCAUCCCUGCACAUGCGAUAGGUAAAGUAAUUGGAAAAGGCGGCACAAAUAUUGAGAAUAUACGCAAGAUAUCUGGAGCAGCUAUUGAUAUUCCAGAUUCCAAGUCUUCGCGAGGCGAUCGUGUGGCUAUAAUAUCUGGCACCUCUGAGGAAAAGCGUGCUGCUGAAAACUUGAUUCAAGCAUUCAUUAUGGCCACUUAAGGUUCAAGGGUAGCUCCAUUCGUAUGAAGUUGAAACUAGCUCAUAUCUGGGGUUUGUGAACAAAGGUUACUUCUCUCAUCCUCCUUUAGGUCCCGUUCGUGGAGAUCAAUCUUCUUCUUAGGCUUCUGGUGGAUUCUCAUCUCCUCUAUAGGGAUUCUUAUGAAGAGGCUUCUAAAAGUUUUACAUAUCUAUUUCUAAGUGGUAUUAACUCUAGUGGCUGCAUGAUAAGGAUAUAUUCGUUCAUCUGCAGCAGCAUCAUAAGAGAAUAGGAAAUUUCAUUCCUAUUCGUUUCAUUCGUCAGACUCUUCUUAAAAUCUUAUUUCCUGCAUGAUUGUCUCAUGAUUGGAUGUUGACUUGAUUUUCAAGAGUGACACAUAAUCUUAUGUAUUCCUUCCUUGCUUGCUGCUA